GCACGCACAGACUUCUGCGUCACUGGCUCCCCUGCCUCGCUCUACCGACAUUUCGUGCACAAGCGAGAAGAACACGGGGUGGAGAGGACGUACGAGAGCGUCUCAGUUAUUUAAAUAAGAUCUGUUAAUUGACAGAUAUUUCGAUGGCGACUGAUUGCGUGUCGAAGAUCGAGCUCUCCAUCUCGUGCAGCAACCUUCUAGACAAGGAUGUUGGUUCGAAGUCUGAUCCGCUGUGUGUGCUUUUGCAGAGCAUUGGUGACGACAAGUGGGCAGAGCUGGACCGUACAGAACGUGUGAACAACUGCCAGGACCCUUCCUUCAGCACGCGCCUGCGUGUGGACUACUACUUUGAGAAGGUCCAGAAGUUGAAGCUGGGCGUCUACGACAUCGAUAACAAGUCUGUGGACUUGACCGAUGACGACUUCCUGGGAGGGCUUGAGUGCACUCUGGGACAGAUUGUCUCCAGUAAGAAGCUCACCAGACCGUUACAGCUGAAGAAGGGCAAGCCUGCUGGCAAAGGAACCAUCACUAUCACAGCAGAGGAGAUUAAAGACAACAGAUCCAUAGUUUUGGAGGCGGCAGCUAAAAGCCUGGAUAAGAAGGAUCUUUUUGGGAAAUCGGACCCAUUUCUGGAGUUCUUCAAGCAGGGAGACGAUGGCCAGUGGCAGCUGGUGCACAGAACAGAGGUGGUGAAGAACAACCUGAACCCAUCCUGGAAGACCUUCACCGUGCCGCUGCAGACCUUCUGCAGCUGUGACUUGGAGAAGAGCAUUAAGGUUCACUGCUCUGACUAUGAUAACGAUGGCUCGCAUGACCUCAUUGGUGUUUUCCAAACUAGUGUUGCACAGCUGCAGAAAGCUGCCCAUGGUUCACCGGUGGAGUUCGACUGUAUCCACCCUGAGAAACAAAAGAAGAAGAAGAGCUAUAAGAACUCUGGAGUGGUCAUUUUCAAGUCCUGCCAGCUGGCGGCUCAGUACUCGUUCCUGGACUAUGUGAUGGGAGGUUGCCAGAUCAACUUCACGGUGGGAAUAGACUUCACCGGGUCCAACGGAGACCCUCGUUCCCCCAGCUCUCUGCAUUACCUGAGCUCCGACGGGCAGAACCAGUACCUGCUGGCCACCUGGUCUGUGGGUCAGGUGGUGCAGGACUACGAUACUGAUAAACUCUUCCCGGCUUUUGGCUUCGGAGCCAAGGUUCCUCCAGACUGGCAGGUCUCCCAUGAGUUUGCACUGAACUUCAACCCCAGUAACCCCUACUGCCAAGGUGUCCAGGGCAUCAUAGAGGCUUACCGUUUGGCUCUACCCCAAGUCAAACUGCACGGUCCCACCAACUUCUCUCCCAUCAUCAACCAUGUCGCCCGUCUCGCUGUUGGGGGAGCACAACAGAACAACGCAUCUCAAUACUUUGUACUGCUGAUCCUGACUGAUGGAGAGAUCACAGACCUGGACCAGACCCGUGACGCCAUCGUAGCCGCCUCCCGCCUUCCCAUGUCAAUCAUCAUCAUCGGAGUGGGCGAGGCCGACUUCAAGGCCAUGGAGAUGCUGGAUGGAGACGAUGGUGUCCUCAAGUCCCUGAGCGGGGAGUCAGUGGCCCGAGACAUCGUCCAGUUUGUCCCCUUCAGGCAGUUCAGCAAUGCACCUAAAGAGGCUCUGGCCCAGAGUGUUCUGGCUGAGGUACCCAAUCAGCUGGUGUCUUAUUUCAAGAUGAGGAAGCUUGACCCUAUCAGUCUUCCUGGUGCUAAAGCAUAGAUCUACCUCUGGAGCCACAUCUCUUUGCCACUGCAUCUCCUUACCACAGGGGGCACCAGAGGUCUAUGCUGUCACUUUAUCAGACUGUAGAACCACUUUCUGGAAUCAUCCAUGGUUGACUAUAUAGAGGUUUAGACAACACUCCUUACAAUGUGGAAGUUUAGCAACAGAACCUACUAGUAGCUAAAUCUCUCCCCUAAAAACAAAGUUCCACAAUUUGUUACAUAAAGUUCUUACGUCCAGUGAAAUUCUACAUAAUGAUAACCAAGAAAGUACACGUAAAUACUUUCAGGAGCCAAUGUUUGACUUUUCUUGCCAAUCUUGUUUCAGUUACCACAAACUUGUCCCAUGUCUGUCCCAUAUCCAUAAUGAAUCUAGUUUUACAAAAGGCUCAUGGAUAAUCAAUUGACUUUGUCCAAACCUUGAUAUAUUCAACCUCGGAAUCAUCUCCAACUGUGAUCUUCUAACAGUGCCUUGAAGACCACUGUUUUACCUUGUAAUCCCCCUCUUAACUAUUCCUCUCUUGUCUAGAUAUUCAUCUAUAGUGUAUGUGCUGUCUGUCAUGCUAGCAAGGAGGAGACUGGUCUUCUGACAAACAUUAUUCCAUUUACAU